ACGUGACUAUGUUUGUGACCUCCUCUUGGAAGAAUCAAAUGUUGAUACAGCCAGUAUCAACACCAGUAACAGUGUGUGGAGACAUACAUGGACAGUUUUAUGACCUUUGUGAACUAUUCAGAACUGGAGGUCAGGUUCCUGAUACAAACUACAUAUUUAUGGGUGAUUUUGUAGACAGAGGUUACUAUAGUUUGGAGGCCUUCACUUACCUUCUUGCAUUAAAGGCUAAAUGGCCUGAUCGUAUUACAUGUUUACGAGGAAAUCAUGAGAGUAGACAAAUAACACAGGUGUAUGGAUUUUACCAUGAGCGCCAAACCAAAGACGGAAAUGCUAAUGCUUGGAGAUACCGUACCAAAGUUUUUGACAUGUUUAUUGUAGCAGCUUUAAUAGAUGAGCAGAUUUUAUGUGUUCAUGGUGGUUUAUCUCCUGAUAUCAAAACACUGGAUCAAAUUCGGACCAUUGAACGGAAUCAGGAAAUUCCUCACACAGGGGCAUUUUGUGACCUUGUUUGGUCAGAUCCUGAAGAUGUGGAUACUUGGGCCAUCAGUCCCAGAGGAGCAGGUUGGCUUUUUGGAGCAAAAGUCACAAAUGAGUUUGUUCAUAUCAACAACUUAAAACUCACCGGCAGAGCACAUCAACUAGUGCACGAAGGCUAUAAAUUUAUGUUUGAUGAGAAGCGCAUGACAGUAUGGUCCGCUCCUAAUUACUGCUAUCAUUGUGGAAAUAUUGCUUUGAUCAUGCUCUUCAAAGAUGUAAAUACAAGAGAACCAAAGUUAUUCCGGGCAGUUCCAGAUUCAGAACGUGUUAUUCCUCCCAGAACGACGCUACCGUAUUUCCUUUGAGGCCUUCGCCCAUCCUGCUGACCCAUUUUUCUGCCCUCC